CGGUUCUCCGCGCGACCACGGCGGGGCGCUGUGGGGCCGGUGAACUUUGGUCCAGAGCGGCCGUGCUGGUGGUGGGCGUGGUUUGCUCUCGGCUCAGUCGGACGUGGUCGUUUCUCCAGCGGUGAGCGGACAUGACGGGCUGAAGUGUGCAGGACGACCUCCAUCCACCCAUCCGGAGAAGUCUGCAGGCAUGGAGGAUUUGUGGGCGACGGUCCUGUGGGGGCUGCAGAUCUGGCUCUAUCUCAUUGUGGUCUUCAUCAUGGUACCGGCCAUGUUUGGCUUCUCGCUGGGCAUCUCUGAGUCUUACAUGAACGUCCUGGUCAAAAUCUUGGAGUGGGCCACGCUGAAAAUACAGAAGGCCAACGCAGACGAGCGCGCCAUGAAGACCUUCGCCUCUAACGGUCUCAUCCAGAGGGAAGGUGGCUCUAUGGAGAAAGAGUUGGAGGAGCUCAGACGCAGUCGCCCCAAACCGCCAGUAGGUGGCGACUUCACGCUCAGCGACUGUUUCUACUUCUAUCGCCGAGGCAUCGAGAGCAUCGUGGAGGACGAGGUGACCCAGCGGUUUUCCUCAGAGGAGUUGGAGUCAUGGAACCUGUUGACUCGCACCAACAACCAUUUCCAUUACAUCAGCCUGAGGUUAACUCUGGUCUACGGCCUCGGCGUCUUUGUGCGAUACUGCAUCCUUGCUCCACUAAGAAUAACGCUGGCCUCCAUCGGCCUCACCUGGCUGGUCAUAGGAACAUCCACCGUUGGACUUCUCCCAAACUGGAGGAUUAAGUUCUGGCUCAGCGAAUGGGUCCAUAUAAUGUGCUAUAGGAUCUGCGCUCGAGGGCUCUCUGCCACGAUUCACUAUCACAACAAGGAAAACAGGCCUGAAAAGGGCGGGAUAUGUGUCGCCAAUCACACGUCCCCCAUCGACAUUGUGAUUCUCUGCAAUGACGGGUGUUACGCCAUGGUUGGUCAAGUGCACGGAGGUCUAAUGGGAGUAGUCCAGAGGGCCAUGGUCAGGUCUUGCCCUCACGUCUGGUUUGAGAGAGCAGAAAUGAAAGACCGCCACCUAGUGGCCAAAAGGUUGAGGGAUCACGUCAGUGACAAAACAAAACUCCCCAUACUGAUCUUCCCGGAAGGCACCUGCAUCAACAACACAUCCGUCAUGAUGUUUAAAAAGGGCAGCUUCGAAAUCGGAGGGACGAUAUACCCAGUGGCCAUCAAGUAUGACCCCAAGUUUGGCGACGCCUUCUGGAACAGCUCCAAGUACAGCAUGGUCAGUUACCUGCUCAGAAUGAUGACCAGCUGGGCUCUCGUCUGUAACGUCUGGUACUUGCCAGCCAUGCACCAGCAGGAGGGAGAGGAUGCCAUCCAGUUUGCCAGUAGGGUAAAGUCAGCCAUAGCCCACCAGGGAGGGCUGGUGGACCUGCAGUGGGACGGCGGUCUGAAGCGAGCCAAGGUGAAGGAGUCCUAUAAGGAGCAGCAGCAGAAGAAGUACAGCAGCAUGGUGGUGGGAGACGACAGCAGCAACAGCGACUGACCGCGCCACCGUGUGUCAUGGGCAAACACGUGCGACUGUGGACAAUAUGUGAAGACACUGAACAUGGACAUCUCCAUCCGGCAGCAUUAUCCCGGCACGACGGGAAUCAGAUGUGGAAUGCCGGAUUACCACUAAAUGGAUGCUGAUGAGGGAGCCGUCAGCAUGAGGCGUGACUGCAGAUAUGGUUGUAUCUUAUUUAUUAUGCAAAUGGCUGAAGGAGGAGAGGAGCGUAGCCACUGUGAAACGGGUUCGUGCCUACUCACACGCUGCUGUUUAACGGACUACUGACAAAAUGCUGUGAAAGACCAGCGAGCUGGUUAAAAAGACCAGCGAGCUGGUUAAAAA